GAAAUGGAAAAGUUAUCCAUUUUGAAGCUAAGUUGCAAAAGCCCAACAACGUAUCGCCCCACUUCGGUAACCCAAUUGCGUAAUCCAACCUCCAAGCCCAAACCCAAAUUUCAUUUCCGUCACCUUAGUCGGGAUCACCACCGCCUCUGACGCGGCGAACUUUGUUCUCCGGUCACUGUUCACCAGCUCCGCUGACAUCCCUUCCCAACUCCGGCUUUCUCCUCUUUAUUCCCGCUUCCAUAAGCUGACCCUUUUUCCUAUAAUCUCACCCGAGUCACUUCAUACUAGCAACAAUAAAGAAAUGAUUAUAAACCCAUUCAAGAAUGAAGUUUUUUACUUGCAAGAGCAGCUUAAACCUUAAUUUGGAGUUUAUGCUUCAAAGGGGUCUUUUGAGGGUGACGUUCUGAUCUGAUUAAGAACACUGUUGCUAACUGGGUCUUCAGUUUUUAGUAAAAGAGAAUAUAAUUUCUUCAACGAGAAAGGAUGAUCCUGUCUGCUCUACUGACUUCGGUUGGAAUCAAUCUUGCACUUAGUCUUCUGUAUUUUGCUUUGUACUCAAUACUGAGGAAGCAACCGGGCAAUGUUGAAGUAUAUGCUCCGCGUUCGGUUGCUGAGGGAAAAUCCCGGCAAGAUGGAGGAAGUGAUUUCAACUUGGAGAGAUUGUUACCUUCUGCUAAUUGGUUGAAAAGGGCAUGGCAGCCCUCCGAAGAUGAGCUGUUAUCUAAGAGUGGUUUGGAUGCUGUAGUCUUCAUGCGUAUUUUUAUUUUCAGCAUGAGGGUAUUUGCUUUUGCCUCUGUUAUUGGGAUUUUCGUUCUUCUUCCAGUCAACUAUAUGGGUAACCAGCUCGAGUUUGACUUCAUCGGCUUGCAGAAUAGUACUCUGGAAUCAUUCACUAUUUCUAAUGUUAACGACGGCUCAAACAGGUUGUGGAUUCACUUCUGUGCUGUAUAUGUUUUCACGGUGUUUGUCUGCUGCCUUCUUUAUUUUGAAUAUUCAUACAUUUCAUCCAAAAGACUGGCUUUUUUCUACUCCUCAAAACCUGAGCCGCAACAGUUUACUAUUUUAGUGCGAGGUGUUCCUGUUCCCUCUGGGACAAGCGUCGGUCAUAAUGUUGAGAGCUUUUUCACUGAACAUUAUCCUUCUACUUACCUUUCACACUGUGUGGUACACCGUACGAGCAAGCUCAAGACUCUUAUAAAUGAUGCGGACAAGUUAUACAAAAAGCUUGUCAGGCUGAAAUCAAGCCAAGGUGAAGAAAGGUUCAAGCGUGCUGGAUUUAUGGGGCUUACUGGACGCAGAGUUGAUCUUGUGGAUCAUUAUGAAAGGAAGCUCGAAGAUGCUGAAGUUAACGUGCGGACAGAACAAUCUUCAAUUGCAGUAAAGGAAGUUCGAGCUGCAUUUGUUUCUUUUAAGACACGACUUGGUGCAGCAAUAGCUUCUAGUAUCAGACAAGGAGUAAAUCCUACUGAAUGGGUUACCGAACCAGCUCCUCAUCCACAAGAUGUUUACUGGCCAUUCUUCUCAGCAUCUUUUACGAAGAGAUGGAUUUGCAGCAUUCUUGUGUUCGGCGCAUUCAUUAUUCUCACAAUUUUAUUCCUUGUACCUGUUUUGAUAGUGCAAGGCCUUACUCAUUUGGACCAACUGGAGUUCUACUUCCCAUUUCUGAAAAGCAUUCUAAGAAUAACCUUCGUCAGUCGAAUAGUUACGGGCUAUCUUCCGAGUCUUAUUCUGCAAGGGUUUCUGUAUUUUGUGCCACCUAUUAUGAUUAUGCUAUCCUCAAUACAAGGGUACAUUGCAAUGAGUCAGAUUGAAAAAAGUGCAUGCAUCAAGGUUUUGUUUUUCACCAUCUGGAAUAUCUACUUUGCAAAUGUAUUAUCAGGAUCUGCUCUCUAUCGUGCAAAUAUUCUUCUUGAGCCAAAGGAAAUUCCUGCCUUACUUGCUGUGGCAGUACCUGGACAGGCUACUUUUUUCAUAGCAUAUGUUGUGACAUCUGGAUGGACUGGUACCUGUUCAGAGCUUAUUCAACUGAAAAGACUUCUUCUAAGUUCCAUUCGAGGAAUAUUUGGCAGAAAUUCUCGCGAUGAUUUUGAAGUUCCGUCAAUUCCUUACCAUAGUGAAAUUCCAGGGAUACUCUUUUUCAGCCUCCUUGGUGCAACAUACUUCUUCCUUGCACCACUUAUUCUGCCUUUUCUCGUGGUCUUCUACUGUCUGGCAUACAUAAUCUACCGUAACCAGCUGUUAAAUGUUUAUUCACCUGCAUUUGAGACUGGUGGAAAGUUCUGGCCCAUAGUACAUGGUUCAACUAUAUUCUCUUUAGUUCUGAUGCAUGUCGUUGCCAUUGGAAUAUUUGGGCUGAAGGAACUGCCUUUAGCUUCCAGCUUAAUGAUUCCUCUUCCCAUUCUUACGCUUAUUUUCAACAACUAUUGCCUGAGACGCUUCCUACCUGCAUUUAAGGAUUACUCUGCGGAGAGUUUGAUAAGGAAAGACAAAGAUGAUGAAAAUGAUCCCACCAUCUCAACGUUUUUUGCUGAACUUGAAAAUGCAUACCGGGAUCCUGCCUUGGACAUUCAAUAUUCUAGAACUGAUGAGAGAAUAAACACUCCACUCCUGGCUUAGAGCUCAUGGACAAAAAGAAAGUGUGUUACCUGCUCCUUACUCUUCUCAGAAAAUAAAGCUUUUAGUCAAUCUAUUAAUUGGUAUUUGAUUGUAGUCAAAAUUUUCUGCUUUGUCAUAGCAUGCCUGCUUUCUUUUAAUCUGGUAUCCGAAAAAGUAAAAGGAAAAGAUUAAAUCUCACAAAUUUCUAGCGGGUGGAAUCUGGGUUGGAGAUCUCUAUCUGUUUGUAUAUGAUCUUCCUCAGCUUAUUGGCAUAUUGGUGUAGUUAAAUCAACCACUCUAGGUGUUAAUAGUCAUAUGCACAGUAGAAGUACAAAGGUAGCAUUAUCUUUUCUUGUGAUUUCUUUAGCCAUUCAAAUUUUUAACACUUGAUUUUGAUGAGUGAUGUCCAAAAUAUGGCAUUUGUUUUGGUCAUUUGCAAAUUUGGUGGAUUCUCUAAAGUGUGAUGUACUCCCUCCGGUCCUUAAUACAAGGCAUUUUAGUUUGUCAUAGGUUUCACCUAGUACGUAUUUUUAAUUGACAAAAAAACUUAAAAAAAUAUAUUUUCCUAUUCAUUAUGAUCUCUUGGUUGUUAUGAAAUAGUUUUAAGGUUUUUUUUAUCAAUUAAAAGUACGUAUCUGGUGAAACAUGAAACAAAUCAAAAUACUUCAUAUUAAGGACACAAGGGAGUACUAUAUAUCAAAUCUGCAAGUCAAUCAUGUCUACAUCAUAUACUGAAGUAAGUUGGUGACUGAAGAAGAUAUACUUGCUGAAGCUCCACAUGGAGGGCCAAAAGACUGGUCAUUGACAUUUUUUUUUUUUGGCUCACUUGAAAUUGAAUUGAUCAGGAGCAGGAGGAGAAGCUGUAUUUUGCCUCCACUUGGCAGUCUGAGAAGGGGAUGGAGAAUCUGAUGAUGCUUUCUCUUUUUUAAUCAAAGCGAUGAGCUCACAAGUAGAAAAAGGUGCGAAUUGUCGACAAGUGGAACACUGUAUACCUAUACUGAUGUAUUGUUUGUAUUAUUUAGGCCCUAUUUAUUAUAUAUGUAUAGUCUGCUGCAAGAUCUUGUUUUGUCCUAUGUUUCAACUACUAACUCCUGUCCCUUCUAUUCAUAGUUUUGAAAACAAAGCAAACUGAUUGGGUAUAAAUGGCUCUCUUCACUCUUUUUUCUUUUGGCACCGAAUUGAUUAUACAAUUGCUUAUUGUUUUAUUUGUACCUCCAAAAUGCCAAAAGGAUGUUGUCUUGGUUUAACUAUCUGCUCCUCCAG